AUGGCCACUGGUGACAUUUGUGACGGUGUUGCUAAUGGGAACAACUUGUGGCAUAAGACCAGAUCAUCCAAACCCGUAUUUGGUGAGAAUGGUGUGAGAAAAGGAUGGAAGAAGAUCUUAGUUCUUAAUAAAGCUCCCAAGAAAGUUGGUGGCAAGCUAGAAAGAGAGAAUUGGGUGAUGCAUCAAUACCAUCUUGGUGUAAAAGAAGAUGAAACCAAUGGGAAAUUUGUAGUCUAUAAAGUAUUCUACCAAUCACCAUCGAAGAAAAAUGGCAAGUCUAAAACAGAUGUUGUAGUUGAGUCUGAUGCAUCUGUUGCAAAAAUCGAUCCUAGGACACCAAUGACAGAUCUUCCCUAG